GGAAGGCAGAAGCAGCUCGGGGUCUCUCCACCGCCCCUUGGCCAUGGCCGCGGUGCCGACGGCGCCCGCUCCUCUGCGCUCCGGGGGCCUCCGCCGCUGCUGCCGCCGCAGCAGCCGAAACCUCUGAGCCCCAGGGGUCGCCGCCACCAGCCCGCCCGCCCGCACGGAUCCCGCCCGCGGCCGCCGCCGCCGCGCACCAUGCUACCUGCGGCCGCCCCGGCGAGGCCGCGCGCUGCUCCCGGAACCCUCGCUCGCGGCGUUGACAGCCACCCCUGCGGAGCCGCCGCAGUUCAGGGCUCGGACCAUUUGAAAGUACAAUAGUUGGUUUCCCUGUCCACCCGACCCGCUUCGUUUGCCAUCCCAGCACGCCCAUCGGAUCUGAGUGGAGAAGUUGUCCGCUGCUUGGGUUGUCUUGCUUUCUCUCUACACGCCUAACACCUACAUAUAUUUCUAAAACAUUCGAUAUAAUUAACAAUCAAAAGAAAAAAGGAGAAAAGGAAGGGAAACAUUACUGGGUUACUAUGCACUUGCGACUGAUUUCUUGGUUUUUUAUCAUUUUGAACUUUAUGGAAUACAUCGGCAGCCAAAACGCCUCCCGGGGAAGGCGCCAGCGAAGAAUGCAUCCUAACGUCAGUCAAGGCUGCCAGGGAGGCUGCGCAACGUGUUCCGAUUACAAUGGAUGUUUGUCAUGCAAGCCCAGACUAUUUUUUGUUCUGGAAAGAAUUGGCAUGAAGCAGAUUGGAGUGUGUCUCUCUUCAUGCCCAAGUGGAUAUUAUGGAACUCGAUAUCCAGAUAUAAAUAAGUGUACAAAAUGCAAAGCUGAUUGUGAUACCUGUUUCAACAAAAAUUUCUGCACAAAGUGUAAAAGUGGAUUUUACUUACACCUUGGAAAGUGCCUUGACAAUUGCCCAGAAGGGUUGGAAGCCAACAACCACACCAUGGAGUGCGUCAGUAUUGUGCACUGUGAAGCCAGUGAGUGGGGUCCCUGGAGUCCAUGCACGAAGAAAGGAAAAACAUGUGGUUUCAAAAGAGGGACUGAAACAAGGGUCCGAGAAAUAACACAGCAUCCGUCAGCAAAGGGCAACCUGUGUCCCCCAACCAGCGAGACAAGAAAGUGUACAGUGCAAAGGAAGAAGUGUCAGAAGGGAGAACGAGGAAAAAAAGGAAGGGAGAGGAAAAGAAAAAAACUUAAUAAAGAAGAAAAUAAGGAUGCAGUACCUGAUAACAAAGGUCUGGAACCAAGCAGAGAAACCCCAGAACAACGAGAAAAUAAACAGCAGCAGAAGAAGCGAAAGGUCCAGGAUAAACAACAGAUAUCGGUAUCCGUCAGCACUGUACAUUAGAGGGUCCCAUGAGGUUGUCGUAGACUCGUGAUGCUGCUAUCUCAACCAGAUGCCCAGGACAGGUGCUCUCGCCAUUAGGACCACAAACGGACAACGUGUCAGUUACUGCUCAGUCUAAACAACAUUCCAAAUAGUUGCUAUACCUUCAUACAAGCAUAGUUAACAACACAGAGCCCAAAGUUCAAAGAAGGGAUGCUUUCAUAUGGUUAUCUUACAUGCUUCUGUGCAUUUUUUAAGAGACAAGAAAUUUUGUACAUAAUUACCAAUAGGCUAUAAGUUGUAACAACCUAAUGAUGUCAUCUGGAGAAUCAACAUCUUUUCCCUAUUAAAACAAUAUUUUUUCAAGCUUAUUGUUUUAAGAAGCGAAAGAUAGCCCUGCAAAUUCAAAGAUACCGUAUCCCUUCAAAACAAACAAGAGAUCAGGGGAAACAUCUUCCAAAGGACAGUGCUGUUUGGUCCUGGAGAUCUGGAGAGUGCUCAGAUGUUAGGGCCUGGCAUUUGGAAUCAGGAAUUCUCACCACAGAAAUAACUGUUGUAAGAUUGGUCCUAUUGCCCUCAUCCCAUCUUGCAAGAAGCAUGAGAGUGCACAUAGGGUUAAAUAUACUGUAUGGGAUUGAAGGAAGGCAAAGUGUGGAAGAAGCCAUAGAGCUGGAGAUGACUUGUGUGCUUUACAAAACUGUGAAAGGGUGUGAUCACCUGCAACAGGUCUCCAGUCUGUCGGCGCCGUGUGGUUCAGCCUCUGCUGCCCCUUGGGUUAUAUAAGUCUGUAACACGUACCUGUAACUUGCUUCCAAAAGCAAAACCAUACUUAUUAGAAGGAAAUUGUGAGUUCAUAGAAAACAGAAACUAGAGCAAGGAGAAUAUAACAGGUUUGCAAAGUCAUGUGUUUUCUUUCUCUACAAGGGAGAAACCGUUUUAUACCUGCUUUUAAUGGUCCACCUGGAACUAAGAGGGAUACUACUUUCUAACGAGGUGUACCUAGUAGGGGGGAAAGCCACCACAAUAAAUAUAUUUGUUGAUAGUUUUAAAAGUUUGGUUUAUUUUGUUUUAUUGGAAAAUUGUUACUCUUAGAGACUCAUGAAUUGGGAGAGAACUCUGUAUCUUAUGUCAUUCAGAACGAACUACAUUUCUUAACGUUUUCUGUUUAAAUCUUCCUUGGGAUGUGAACCAAUGGAGAUUUAUUUAAAGGAUAUCAGGAGAUAUUUAGUCAACCUAUUUUAUUAUCUUAAUCAACAAAAUUCUUCUUAUAGAUGUAUAGGCCUCCCUAAAUUAUUUCACUGACCCCCCUCAUUGCUUAGA